AUGCCGCUCGCCAUCUCUCGCAUGGGAAUGGCCCUCGGUAUCUGCGUCAUUCUCUGGUCUGGAAUGACCGCUGGGCUCGGCCUCUACCUUCAGGCUCGAUGCGCACAGUACCUCGAUCGAGGCAGCUCGUCUUUCUUCGCCCUAUCGCAGCUCACAUAUCCCAAUGCCGCCGUUGUUUUUGACGCUGCUAUCGCGAUCAAAUGUUUUGGAGUGGGGGUCAGUUACCUCAUCAUCAUUGGUGACCUGAUGCCAGAUGUGGUACAAGGCUUCGUUGGUACCACUCCGGCAUAUGACUUCUUGGUGGACCGGCAUUUCUGGGUUACUGCUUUCAUGCUAAUUGUCAUCCCUCUCUCUUAUCUCCGACGUCUGGACUCACUGAAGUAUACGAGUAUCGCCGCUCUGGUGUCAAUGGGUUACCUGGUCAUACUGGUUGUCUAUCAUUUUGUCAAGGGAGACACAAUGGACGAACGAGGCCCCGUUCGUCUGAUUCACUGGGCUGGUCCCGUCCCGGCGCUCAGUAGUCUUCCGGUCAUCGUCUUUGCAUUCACGUGUCAUCAGAAUCAUGCUGACAGGAAGCAGAUGUUCUCUAUCUUAAACGAAAUUAGCAACAACAGUCACUUCCGUGUGACAGGUGUUGUGCUAGCCAGUAUCGGAAGCUCCGCAGCGACCUACAUUCUCGUGGCUAUCACAGGCUAUCUCUCUUUCGGAGACAAUGUCGGGGGUAACAUUGUGAGCAUGUAUCCGCCAGGCGUUUGGGCGACCGUUGGACGUGCCGCUAUCGUCAUGCUUGUCAUGUUCUCAUAUCCGCUUCAAUGCCACCCGUGUCGAGCCUCUAUUGAUGCAGUGCUUCGCUGGAGACCUAAGCCUGCCGCUGGAAACGACAACUUGCCUCACCAUCACCCUCUGCUUGGGCCAAGGGGCCACCGGGCUCCCGAGCCCAUGAGCGAUCUGCGGUUCUCACUCAUUACGACGACCAUUCUUAUCCUAAGCUAUAUCGUGGCGAUGACCGUUUCCUCGCUCGAAGCGGUAUUGGCCUACGUUGGUAGCACCGGAAGUACCAGCAUCAGCUUCAUUCUUCCUGGUCUUUUCUACUACAAAAUCUCAUCUCCCGACUCACCAACCCAUCAGCGACUCAUGAAAGAAGAUGACGAAGCAGUUGACAACAUUCUUUCUGAUGACGACAACUCCGACGAAAAUGGUAUUGAGGGCGGCCAGAACCUUCCACUUACCGACAGCGCAAUUCUCCGACUUACCAACCGACACUGGCGCCGUGGCUUGCUGCGGAAGUUGAGCUUAGCGCUCGUGGUAUACGGCAUCCUUGUCAUGAUCGUGUGUUUGAUUGUGAAUACAUUCUUCAUAGCUUCACAAUGA